ACGGAACUGUGUCUGCGGAAUUUUUCUUCUUGCGGUAGGAGCCAAUUUCGUGUUGCACUGCUGAAUGUUUGAUAACCGUCUGUUUACUGCUGAGCUUCUCUUCAUAGCUGAGCCCCUCAGGUGAGAUGUUGCUGCCUCUUCUGCUGCGUCCGUCCCUCUCGCCCCGGUUGACGGGAUGCGUCUCGGCGCUUCACGGCAGCUCUCAGAGGACCCUGCUGUCCCAGGGUGAACACUUGCUUCGGCGGCGGCCUGCGUCUCGCCUCCCGACGAGGAACCACAGUAGGAAAUCGAGGGGUCAGGAGGAGGAGUGGAGGACCAGGAACAAAACGGUGCUGACAUACAUUGCUGCUGCCGGGGUGGGAAUGAUCGGGCUGUCCUAUGCUUCUGUACCUCUGUACCGCCUCUACUGUCAGGCGACGGGGUUAGGCGGCGCGGCUGUUGCCGGACACGACACGGAUCAGGUGGAGACGAUGAAACCGGUGAAAGAACGCAUCAUCAAGGUGACCUUCAACGCCGACACGCACGCCAGCAUCCAGUGGAACUUCAGACCUCAGCAGACGGAGAUCUACGUGGUUCCAGGCGAAACGGCGCUGGCCUUCUACAGAGCCAAGAACCCGACAGACAAACCCAUCAUCGGCAUUUCAACCUACAACGUGGUGCCCUUUGAUGCGGGACAGUACUUCAACAAAAUCCAGUGUUUCUGCUUCGAGGAGCAGCGUCUCAAUCCUCACGAGGAGGUCGACAUGCCGGUCUUCUUCUACAUCGACCCGGAGUUCGACGACGACCCGCGGAUGGCUCGGGUCGACACCAUCACGCUGUCCUACACCUUCUUCGAGGCGAAGGAGGGUCAGCAGCUGCCUCUGCCUGGGUACAGUUACAACUGAGCCGAACGCGAAGAUGUCCGCCGGAGGAACCGAAGGCCAGAAAGAGACUCGUCAUGUUCGUUCUCUGAGCAAAUAAUCCUCCGCCUUCCACAAUAAUCCGGAUGCGAUCAUGUUCAGGCAAAAAUGCGCUGUUCAUUCAGACAAUUCAAGAUUUGUGUGAAGGUUUUUUUUUAUUUUUUUUAUUUAAUUUUCUGCGCGGUUUGCUCUGAAUGUCAUAUUAAGAAGAAGAAGAGCUAUGGGUUACGGUGACCCUCGUCUGGUCCAUUUGAUGCCUUAAAAUGACAAGCAAGAAGCAGCAGAAGUUGAAACAUGCUAAGAAUUCGGACUCAAGCAAUAUUUCUGGUGCUGCUGAAAGACUGGAAGCUUAAAGCCGUCGAGGUGGAGCUCUAAGUGAAUAUUUAUUUUCAGCCACCUGCCAGGAAGCGGAUCAAUAAAUCCUGAUCUGUGCUUCCUCCCGAAACUUACACCUGUGUUUCCUGUGUGUUUUCCACCCGAGUCCUGCUGGUUUUUCCAUGCAACCGUCUCAGACACAUCCAGCAGCUCCGAUCUGCAGAACGAACGCACUCCUCCUGGGGAAAAUAUAAAUGUUGCGAUCUGCACAUAUGCAUAACGUCUGUCUGUGUUUGGUUUUUCUUUUGCUUUUUAUUUGGUUUUAUUGGGUCUUCUCCCAAGUGGGUUUCCUACGUAUGCAUAAGAAUGAGUAAAAUAUAUAUAUAUAUAUA